AUGCUUGAAGACUUCUUUGAUUCUGCAUUGGUGAUUUGCAGAUGCGGUCGUGAAGGGAAGAGAGAGCUAGUGACUUUAUUUUUGCCUGAACUGGGGUGCCUAGUGACAGAACCAAAUCUUAGCUGUGCUCUGCAUCUGGAGGCCUUGAAGACCCUCAACACUAUACUUGAGAUUAUCCCACGGGAGCAUAGAAGGUUGUUGCCUCUCUGUGAGGAGAUAUGCUUGCUUGCGAAAGACCUAGCAGAAGCUAUACUGGAGGUUGGUGAUUAUGACCUUCAGGUUGGCCUUUUAGAAGCAGUUUGUAGGUUUUUGUCAAAAAGAUGGAGGGAUGACUUUGGUCACCACUUGUUUGAAGAUAAGUAUCUUGCUGAAGCUUUCAAAGAGAUCAAGGAUCAAGAAUUUGAGACGGACUGCAGAAAAUUUCUUAAUCUACUAAAUGGAAGGCUUGGAGAUAAAAAAAAAAGAGUCUACACAUUUCCUUGCAUAUCUGCUUUUGCUGGCGGGAAGGAGAUGAAGAAGCCAUCGGAAGAGAGCCUGGAGGAGUUUUGGAUUGACUUCAACGCUGGCAGCCAGAGUGUGACUUUCUAUGUGGAUUGCAAUAAGGGAAAACUUUGGGACUCUCUGAGGCUGUCAAAAGAAAAUGUCAAGAGCUACAGUGUGACGGAGAAGGAUAGACAAAAGAUUGUUACAAUUUCUUUGAAGAGACCCGCUCCUCUUUACAAUAGAGCUGCAUUAAAAUUCAAACUGGUUUUCAGUGCUGAGUUUGAAAUACUUGGUACGCUUAGAAAAGUCCUGGGAGAAGAAAAACUGAUGAUAGUCAAGUCUGAAGAUGAGAUUGUCCAUUCUGGGAAGGAAACUGUGCAGAAUGAAGCAGAAGCACCUGUGCCCUCUAACUCACAGAGGUGGAGACAUUCUUCAGGCCCUGGAAACGUGGAGAUUCAAAAAGACAACUUAAUCUCUCUGCACAGACAGCAGUUAACAGGGACUGUAGCACAGAAAAUGUCGGACUUUGGUGUUGCCAUGGUUACAGUGAGCCAGCAGACUGAUCCCCAAGGUGCUAACCAAGGAAAAAAGUCCAAAACUCCAUCUUCAGGGAUGAAAGCUAAGCCUAGUGAGAAGCCCCUAGAAGAAGAACCUAUGGAUGAGCAGAUAUUAAAGAUCCCGCAAUUCUCUCCUUUACCAAAGGACGUUACCAGCAAAAAUCAAAACAGGGAAAAGAGUUUGGCUGAGAAGAAGGCUGAAGGCAGGAAGGAACUCUAUGAUUUUGAAAGCUCAGACUCCUCAAGUCACAGAAAGGUUUCUAAUGCCAAAGGAAUGAUUAUUGCCCAGAAAAAUUCUUCAAAAAGUCAGAGGACUUACGAAACAAAAGGCAAGAGCAAGGCAUUAAACAGUGUUGAGAGAAAGCAGUUCAGUUACAGGAAACAUCUUUUCUCUGAAAGCAAUAAUGAACAUACAAGCCCUGGUCAGAGUGAGAGAAGCUGGAUUCUUAACUCUCAGAUACAGGCAACGCCAAAAUUUGACUAUACCCGAAAAAGACCCAGGGUGAGAAGUAAAUUAAAAGUGCUUCCACUUUCUUCUUCAAGCAGUGACAGCGACUAUGAGCCAAAGAAGAAGAGAAAAUCAAGGCAAGGAGCUCAAAAGGAGAUGCAAAGGAAAGAAAGCCCAUCUAGCUCCAAGAGAGAUGAUUUACCCACAGUGAAUCUUUCUGAUGAAGUGCUCUCAGAUAAUCCUGGAGGGAGUCCAAUGCUGCUUGAUAUAUCUCCCAGGAGCCCUUCCACUGAUGUGGAGAAAGCCACACAGAAGUUUCUUGGUGCAUCAGGCAAAUUAUCAAGAGAGGAAGAAAAUAGCAAGCAGAAUGACUCAGAUAUCCUGAGUGACACUGUCACAAAGAAGCCUAAACUUUCUAAUUUGGAGAAAAAUCACUUGCCUUCUGAGAUUAACCAUACACCAAAGAAAAUGUCUGAUUCAGUAGAAGAUGAGGUGGAGAUGCAGAAAGGUCAGGAAAUGAUCAGUAGUGUAGAUGAUGCGUUUUUUUCCAAGAUUUUCCAUGAAGAUUUGAGUGAAUCAGAAGUGAUUUUUGCCCUUGAAAGAUUUAUUGUCCAACUGAAGAAAUAUUUCUGGUCCCGGUACAAAAGGAUUGAGGUCAGCGCACAGGAUGUCCUGAGAUCUUCAGAGAAGAACUUGUCUGCCCAGCUGAACCUGAUACAUAAGUACAGGCUGAAUAAAUUUGAGACCUUGCGGAAGAUUGUUGUUGAAGAGCUUGCCAGCCUUGAGAGGGAAACUCAAAUUCUGGCAGUCAUGGAGAAGGACGCACUGGAUUUCUGGAAUGUGCAGCUGCUCAAACUGAAUACCUUCUUCAGCCAGCAAAAGGAAAGAACGGAAUCUCUUGACUCAGCCUUGGGUGAAACGACAAAGGGUUUUGCCAGCACUGUCCAGAAUACAAUGCAUGAACACUCAGUGGAGAAGGCAGAAGAUGGUGUGGUCAUUGUUCCUUCUGACUAG